AUGGUCUUUUUUCCCAUUGUUCCCUCGUACAUUCGCACAUUAUACCCUGAGCUCCACCUCAUCGAGAGCUCCGUCCGCUCUCCCAUCGGCGGGAUGAAGCUCCCAUAUUCGCUAUCCGUGCUGUCGGCCAGAAAUAUCAGGGUUGAGCAACAAUCCAUUCUAGCUCUACCUAACCGACUGCCCAACUUCCCUGUCCGAUGCGAAGCACCUACGCAACCAUGGCCUCGCAGACAAUACGGAACAUCGGCUCCCGCUUCGCAAGCUCCCAGCGAGCCCAAGAAUCCGGCCUCAGCCCGCCCCGCGCUUUCACUGACCGAUCAAAUCCGCCUGCUCAUGCGCCGUGUACCCUAUCCCGUCGCCAUCAUCACAGCCACAGAUCCGCAGGGCCCCGUUGAGAAAGCCUUCCGCGGCAUGACCGUCUCCUCCUUCAACACGGUGACACUCCAUCCCUCACCCGUCAUCUCCUUCAACGUGCGCCGACCAUCGGAGACCCUAACCGCCCUCCAAUCCUCAGGCCGGUUCCUCGUCCAUCUCCUAGCCCCGACCCGAGCAACCGCAGCCCUGGCCCGGGAUUUCUCCAGGGGAAACCACAAUCUGGCGCUCCUGAGCGGAAAGGGAGACUUUGAAUUCGCGCAGCAUGUCCCCGCCGACGGGUCUGUCAUGAGACCCCUCCCCAUCCUGCGACGGAGAGCCAUCCGCCAGACGGGCCAGACGAGUUCCGCCGAGGAGGAGAGCGUCGAGGACUUUCCAUUUGUGCUCGAGUGCCAGCUCAAUCCGCAACGUGUAGAGGUCAACGACCACACAAUCGUUGUUGGAACCGUCGUGCAAGCGCUCUCGCGGCACCUUCCUGAAUCAGAGGCGGAGACGUCAGUAACGUCCGGCUCUGCAGAGGAUUUAUGCCUGACAUAUGCUAACACCAAAUUCUGGGAAAUGGGCCAUGAAAUAUAA